UGCUGCUGCCAUGACUGUUCAGCAAGGGCAAGGGGAAAGGUUACUUUUAAGGGGUUUACAAGUAGGAAGUUCAUACAAGUUACAUCAGCAACAUUCUUAAUCAUACUAUGCAGGCGCAAUGGGAUUUACGUAUAACUUCAUACAUUGCAUGUUCAUAAAAUGGUGGUUAAAUUUCACCUGGAAGCUGGGAAGUUAUUAUGUAUGAAGUAUCUGAUGAGCAAAAAGGUUAUCCUGAAUGUUGACAUGGCAUCUAAACUAGUUUCUUCCAGUUUCCUCUAGUUUUGGGGAAGAAGUUAAGAAGAAGGGAACCAGAAUUUUAAUGUAAAGCUAUGGGGCAUGUCAAGCAAAGGUACCAGGAUUCUAAUGUAAAGCUAUGACGGGGUGUGCCAAGCAAGCUGCAUGAGGCCGUGGAAUUUUCCUGAGUCUGGAGACCUCUGUCUUAAAUUCAGCUAACACUGUCCCUGGAGUCCCUGGGUAGUUGCGUGGUUAAUGCACUUGGCUGUAGACUGUUCAAAUUCACUCAGGGGCUACUUGGAAAAAAGGCCUGGAGAACUACUUUAGAAAAAUCAGCAGUUGAAAACCCUGUGGAGCACAGUUCUACACUGACACACAUGGGUUACCAUGAGUCAACGUCAUUUGGUUUCUUUAACACUGAUUAUACCCCCAAACUCUAAAUCUUGCCCAAGGAAGUGGUGUAAUACCAGGCCUCUCCAAGUCCCAUACUAUUUUCCCAAGCCAUAGGGGGCACUUUUCUGGAAACAUAAGCCUCCCAGAAAAAUGUGCUGUCGUACCCUCACUAACGAACUAUGAGGCAGUCAAGGUGAUUAAAGGGAAACUGCUUGGUAAAAUGAACUGGAAGCCUCUUUUUAUUUGUAAGUUUUAAUCUGAUCCAUGUGUUUACUGGGGAUACUGUGAUGAGGUCUCUUGGCCAUUUGUGACCUUUCCUGGGGAUAACAACAUCCAUUCUAAACAAAGAACAGACUAUUUCCUCAGAAUGCUAAAGUUGAGGCAGAACAGUGCCUCAGAUUGAAGAGACCAAGUGCUGAUAUUUCUGUCACAAUCCCAGCCCUGUGUUUUGAGUCUGCCCUAUAGAAGAGGGAGAGCUCUUUUCAGCCCUUAUUCCAAUUCUCUGAUGGAGGAAGGAGGGGCUCUUUUUCCCUUAAGUUCCCUGAUCCAGUCUUGAGAGAGUGUGAAAAUGAAGGGGGACUUCCCCUUGAGCAUGUAGGAUGGGAAGGAUAGGUCAGGGUACACUGACUUUGUUCACAGUCAUGAGUUUUAGGACUUGUUAAGUAGGACUUGGGAGAGUCCACUUUUUCCUUUAUUGCUCAACAUCUCUUUGGCUUAGACAUCUCUGCUGUCACCACCCCGGCUGAGGCCACCCCAUUUCUUGCCCGAAUGACACAGUGGCCUCUGCUUCCAUUUCCUCUCCCUGCCUUCAUGGUCACCACCCGUCUGUCAGUUUGUUGUAGUAUGGUGGCUUGUGUGUAUCUAUGAUGCUGGAAGGUAUGCCACCCAUAUUUCAAAUACUAGCAGGGUCACCCAUGGCGGACAAGUUACAGCAGACUUUCCAGACUAGGAAGAAAGGCUUGGUGAUCUACUUCUAGAAAUUAACUGAUGGAAACACUAUAGUGCUGUAAGAUGAGCCUCCUAGGUUGGAAGGCAUUCUACAAUGGCUGCAACAAUGAACUCAAACAUACCAACGAUCAUGAAGAUGGUACAGGACCGGGCAGUGUUUCGCUCUGUUCUACAUGAGGUCACCAUGAGUUGGCAGUGACUUGACAGCAGCUAACAACAACAACACUCUACAGAGCAUUGGAGUGAGCUUUUGAAAAUGCAAACCAGAUCAUUUCCAUCCAUCCACUGCUGUCCGCUUUCCUGCUGGGAGGCAGUAUGGAGUGAUUACUGUUCCAAAGUGGACAUUGGAGGAGGACCCGUCUGGCCAUCGAGCUGUUAAAGAGGCAGUACGCACCCUGAGCAGCGAGAGUGGCAUCGCCAAGCUCCUUCCUCAGGAACUACACUCAACAUCUCAGCAUCAAGCUGCCAUCUCUUUGAACUGUGCGAGCAUCUGUGCUUUGUGUCGAUUAAUUGUGUGCAUUCAUUAGCAAGAUGUGUUCUAAAGUUUCAGAAAAGCCAAAGAGAUCUUCAGAAUGGAACUGAGAAAAGGGCAUCGGCUGACUCAGGAGCCCGAGUGAGACUGAUGGACUCGCCUGCACCAUGAGUUUGUGUCUUCCUUCCACGCUUUGAGAGACGAGGGCCGGUGAAGUUGCCCUAGAGCAAUGGCUCUCUUUACUCCGUGGAAGUUGUCAUCUCAGAAGCUGGGGUUUUUCCUGGUGACUUUUGGCUUCAUUUGGGGUAUGAUGCUCCUGCAUUUUACCAUCCAGCAGCGAACUCAGCCUGAAAGCAGCUCCAUGCUGUGCGAGCAGAUCCUGGACCUCAGCAAAAGGUACAUCAAGACGCUGGCAGAUGAAAACAGGAACGUGGUGGAUGGACCAUAUGCUGGUGUCAUGACAGCUUACGAUCUGAAGAAGACUCUUGCUGUGUUACUGGAUAAUAUUUUGCAGCGCAUUGGCAAGUUAGAGUCGAAGGUGGACAAUCUUGUAAUCAAUGGCACGGGAACGAACUCCACCAACUCCACUACAGCUCUUCCCAGCUUGGUUGCACUUGAGAAAAUUAACAUGGCAGAUAUCAUUAAUGGAGCUCAAGAAAAGUGUGUAUUGCCUCCUAUGGAUGGCUACCCCCACUGCGAGGGGAAAAUCAAGUGGAUGAAAGAUAUGUGGCGCUCGGAUCCCUGCUACGCAGACUAUGGAGUGGAUGGGUCCACCUGCUCCUUUUUUAUUUACCUCAGUGAGGUUGAAAAUUGGUGUCCUCGUUUACCCUGGAGAGCAAAAAAUCCCUAUGAAGAAGCUGAUCAUAAUUCAUUGGCCGAAAUUCGUACGGAUUUUAAUAUUCUCUACAGUAUGAUGAAAAAGCACGAAGAAUUCCGGUGGAUGAGACUCCGGAUCCGGCGAAUGGCCGAUGCGUGGAUCCAGGCAAUCAAGUCCCUGGCAGAAAAGCAGAAUCUUGAGAAAAGAAAGAGGAAGAAAGUCCUUGUUCACCUGGGACUCCUGACCAAGGAAUCUGGAUUUAAGAUUGCAGAGACAGCUUUCAGUGGUGGCCCUCUCGGUGAAUUAGUUCAGUGGAGUGAUUUAAUUACAUCUCUGUACUUACUGGGCCAUGACAUUAGGAUUUCAGCGUCACUGGCUGAGCUCAAAGAAAUAAUGAAGAAGGUUGUAGGAAACCGAUCUGGCUGCCCAACUGUAGGGGACAGAAUCGUUGAACUCAUUUAUAUUGAUAUUGUGGGACUCGCUCAAUUCAAGAAAACUCUUGGACCAUCAUGGGUUCAUUACCAGUGCAUGCUCCGAGUCCUAGACUCAUUUGGCACUGAACCAGAAUUUAAUCAUGCUAAUUAUGCCCAGUCUAAAGGCCACAAGACCCCCUGGGGAAAAUGGAAUCUGAACCCUCAGCAGUUUUAUACCAUGUUUCCUCAUACUCCAGACAACAGCUUUCUGGGGUUCGUGGUGGAGCAGCACCUGAACUCCAGCGACAUUCACCACAUUAAUGAAAUCAAAAGGCAGAACCAGUCCCUUGUGUAUGGCAAAGUGGAUAGCUUCUGGAAGAAUAAGAAGAUCUACUUGGACAUUAUUCACACAUAUAUGGAAGUACAUGCAACAGUCUAUGGCUCUAGCACUAAGAAUAUUCCCAGUUACGUGAAAAAUCAUGGUAUCCUCAGUGGACGAGACCUGCAGUUUCUUCUCCGAGAAACCAAGUUGUUUGUUGGACUUGGCUUCCCUUAUGAGGGCCCAGCUCCCCUGGAGGCCAUUGCCAAUGGGUGUGCUUUUCUGAAUCCCAAGUUCAACCCACCCAAAAGCAGCAAAAACACAGAUUUUUUCAUCGGCAAGCCAACUCUGAGAGAGCUGACAUCUCAACAUCCUUACGCUGAAGUGUUCAUCGGCCGGCCCCACGUGUGGACUGUCGACCUCAACAACCAGGAGGAAGUGGAGGAUGCAGUGAAAGCCAUUUUAAAUCAAAAGAUUGAGCCGUACAUGCCGUAUGAAUUCACGUGUGAGGGGAUGCUACAGAGAAUCAACGCUUUCAUUGAAAAACAGGACUUCUGCCACGGGCAGGUGAUGUGGCCGCCUCUCAGUGCCCUGCAGGUCAAGCUUGCUGAGCCUGGGAAGUCCUGCAAGCAGGUGUGCCAGGAAAGCCAGCUCAUCUGUGAGCCAUCCUUCUUCCAGCACCUCAACAAGGACAAGGACAUGCUGAAGUAUGAGGUGACCUGCCAAAGCUCCGAACUGGCCAAGGACAUCCUGGUGCCCUCCUUUGACCCCAAGAGCAAGCACUGUGUGUUUCAAGGGGACCUGCUGCUCUUCAGCUGUGCAGGCGCCCACCCCAGGCACCAGAGGGUCUGCCCUUGCCGGGACUUCAUCAAGGGCCAGGUGGCUCUCUGCAAAGACUGUCUAUAGCGGCCACCCUCCCAGGCCCGGACCGAUGCUGCGGGGGAGGACAGCGGCCCCAGCCCCGUCCUUCAGGAACACCUGCCAGCCCUGCCCUGUUUGGUGGGAAGAUCUCCCUCAGGCUUAGCUCCUGCUGCAGCCCGAGCGUUACAGCAGAGGGGUUUCCACAGAAAUAAAACUCGAGUGGACGUCUGGCUGGGAGCCUGGCCUCUCCCUGGCCACAGCUGCAUUGUUAUUUUUUUGAGGAGCAACUGUGGGGAGACUUUGUCAGUGCAGCUGCUCCAGGGUAAAAAGAAAAUCUCCAGAUGCAUUUAAAAAAAAAAAAAACGAGAAUUGAGCUGAUUGGAAAGAACUUUGUAUGGGCAAAUUCCUGAACCCAUUAAUUUAUUUAUUUGGGUGGGAGGGAGGGGGAAGUAAGGGAGGGAGAAGAGGAACUGAUCUUGUUUCUUCUUUGAUUUCCCACUGCUAACCUGCCUUCUCUCUGAUACUGCUCCUGUCUGCUGUGGGCAGAGUGUGGAGGAGCAAGAAGGGACAGAGUGAGCUCUGAGGCUGGCGGCAGGCAUGCUUCCGGGAACCCAGGUCCUCAAAGCCAGUGGUGACAGAACAAAAGGAAAUCUUGCUUUUAAAACAAAGCCAAACACUCCAGGUCAUUGUGGGUACAACUGAUACUGUGUGUUGUCCCAUAACAUGGGAAUGCCUGGCCUCUCCCCUCCGGAUUUCCCUCCUGGGCCCACCAACCUCCCCAGCCAGAAUUUCUGGUUAGAAUCCCUUUGGAAAGGAAAUGCAGGCUUUGGGAAUUUACACUUGCUAGUAAAAAUUUUUUUUUUUUAGUAGUUAGUUUGUGCUCAAUCCACCCUCGUCAAAUGCCGCUGGAAGGCUGAAGGUAGAAAGGAGGGCCUCAGAGAGCUGCUGGCUGCCCUGGAGGUCUUCCUCUCCAGGCCCUUAAGAGGGCGCCUGGGAGCCGGGAUUUGCACAGGAGUUGGCCCCCUAAGCAGGGUCCAGACAAGUGGGCAGUUGGCCUCCCUCUGAUGCCUGGCAUGGCCACAGUGCAGGGAGUGUGGCUCUUCAGAAAUUUUGCAUUCAUCAGGGGGCAGGGACAGUUUCUUUAGCAAAUGGGGAUGAAUCGUGUCCUGGACGCUCGCCUGUGGGUGUGGAAGUGGCUGGCAGGGAUGGGAGUGUGACAAAGCUUUGUACUCCAGGUCCAGUAUUCUGAGGGGAAUGAGCAGCUGUGUGGAUAAGUCCGGAGUCAGUGGCAGGUUGGCCUGGUCGGACACACUGGACUCUGUCUUCCAAACCCUGGCGUCCCUGCACUCUGCCUUUGUAGGUCUCCCUGCCCCAGCACUGUGUACAAGUCUGUAAGUUUUCUGUGAAGCCCUGACAUCUCCACGCGAUGAGAGUGAGCCCCCUCCUCGCUCUGGCUGAAUGUCCCGUCAUGAGCUGUCAGUGUGACCCACCCAGCCUGGCUGCAGGUUUUGAGGGCCUUGCCUGCUUGCAUCCAGGCCCCUCCCUGGGCUGCCCUGAGUGUUGUCAGGGUGCCAGCCAGAUGGGGUCUCUGCUGGGUGGAGCAGCUGGGCAAGGCCUCCAUUUUCCUGGAAGCACUUGACUGCUUUAGGGAUCGGGCUGAUGCCUAGGGGGCCUCUGGAAGUGAAGGAAGGGAAGGCCCCUGGGUCACGGGGACAAGCGGGAGUGUGGAGCCUUUAUGUCUGGGAAGUUGGAUUCUGCCUGCUUCCCCAUUCCUACCCCGAAAUUUCUACACCAAAUGCAGAGCCAGACCUCUGCUCUGUGGGUCUGAAUUGCACCCCCAGUCCUAGAGAGUGGGGAAGGGGUCUCCUCUACCCUUACGUGGCCCCUGAUCAUAUGUGCCAGGGGAGGGUUGAUGGGUGGCCUCUGCCCUGAGCAGAUGCAGGGGCCCUUCGAGAACCGAGAACAGUCUUUGCCUGGGCCUAGCAACGAGAAGGGCAGAAGUCCAAAGGAAGCCUUGUUGGUGAUAGGGUAAGAGUGAGUGUGUGUGCGUUCAUCUGAACAUUGCAAGGGCACUUUCCUGAAGGAGAGACAGCCGGCAUCCUUGCUGUUAGAAACAGCUUUUCCCUGUGAAUGGGCCUCUUGGAUGGGCCCUGGGUCUAAGAGUUUGAGAUCUCCCAAGCCUGCAAUUCCCCAGCCAGUGCCACCCUCUCCUGGCCUCGUGGAGCUUCAAAAGCUGAGUAUGUCAGUGCUGGCAUGAGACCAGCAGGGGGAGCCUGUGAGCCACGAAUGAGUUCCCAGGCUCUGCUGGGUUAACCCAUCUUAUAGCAAAAAAAAGCAGAGCUGUUUAAAUAAGCACAGGAGCUAAGGAAGCUGGAAAGCAAAGUUCUGUGAAAAGGGGGUGUGCCUGCGUUAUGUUCUGGAAGCUGCUGGAAUUGUUUGUGGAUUGUUCCUGAGCUCAGGGACCACCAGGCCAUCUUGACUCCUUAGCUGUCCCAUUCCUUUUCUCCAAGUCAGGAAAAGGGUCAGGCAGCCCCGCAGGAUAACUUCCCCAAUAAAAGAAUCCUCUUCCUUCCCCCAGCCGUGGUGUUGGGUAAGCUGGGAUUGCUGCUCUUGGGACAAACCAACCCACACUCCAGUUAUGAGGGCAUUAUCACUAUAGAGUUGUGAUACUGGAAUGAAUCCUGGCUCUGGGGCCUCCUCAGGCUUGGCUAGGUUUAGUCAAUGCCCUGUGAGGUUGGGGAGGGGUUUUCCAUCUCCUUGGUCUGGAAGACAUGGCUCCUGCUUCUGCAGAGCAAAGGGCCUCUGACAAUGGGAGCUGGGAGCUUGCAGUGAUUUGGCUGGUGACCUUCUUAAUAGAAUCCUAAACUGAUUUGUAACAGAUGACACUUCCAUGAGGAGACAAGUCUUCAGUCAGGAUCAGUGUUUUCCUAAGCUGUAAGCUUAUCUUUCCUGGUCUUCUAAGUUUUUGUUUUUUUCUAAGUGGAAUUUAGAUUUUUUUCCCCCAUAGUGAGUCUUAAGUUCUUAAGAAAUCUUGAGGAAAAACGUUUAUCUAAUUUAUUAAAAGAGAAAGAAAGCCUUCCUUUGAAAGGUAAAGUGGAAAAACAUACUUCUUUUAAUGCCAGUAAACACCUCAUUCUUCCGUGUCUGCGGUUUGAUUUGCACAUAUACAAAUGGAAACAGUGCGUUUUUACGUAGAUUGGGAUUUUGUCAAUGCUUAUUAUAACUUGUUCUUUUUGCGUAUGCUGUGUGUUUAGAAAUGGUAAAGUCUGUCUCUUUGGUGAUAUUUAUUGUUUCUCUGAUGUGCCUUUUCAGUUUUCUUUGAGGCUAACUUUUUGAAUCUGACUGCUGUUUAAAGGACUGUAGCUGACUCCAGCUUAGAGAUGAGUCAUGUUCUGCGCUCACUGCAGACGCCCAGACUAGAAAUGCCCCCCCAGCCCCACUAGGCCACAGCACUCAAGCACAUGCAAAGACACCCCCCGAUUCGGCCAGACCAGCCCUGGCUGCCUGCAGAUGUGCUGGUGGGCUGGGCUCCCCACUGCCCAGGCACUGCGGAGUGUGGCCAGGGCAAAACCCAAACCCUCAGAUUGCACCGAGGGGAGCAAGGCCUCACUGAGCUCAUCAGAAGCCCUAGCCCGGAAAUACUUCAGCUGGCAUCAUGAAAGGCAAUGACUGUGCCCCACUCAUUUGUGUUUCCUUAGUGAAUGCAGGGUUUAAUGAAGGGGAAUAACUCAUUUCUUCCCUUUGGGAGUAGAGCCUCAAAAAGACAUGGCUCACUGGUAGCAAAGGCAUAAAUGCCUCAGCUCGGACUGAAGCUGUGUGUUUAUAGGCGGGUGUGUGCUUUUUGGACCAGACCAAGGCAGGCCACCCCACUUCUCUGUGGUGGUUUAUCUAGCUUGUAUAUAUAAUUGGGAGACUCCCCUUCUCCCCCAUUCCCAGAAAUUCUUGAUUUAAAGAAAAAGUCUAUUUUGUUAACGACAGGCUCUGUUGUAUGUGUUGCUGUCCCAAGCCUGGAUUGUUUUAUUUAUUUAAGAUAUUUUAAUUUCCAUAUUGGGUUCUCUCUAAUCCCCUCCAUCCUUAUGAGGCUGCCGAGCAUCUUCAUUUGAAUAGAUGGAUGAACGGAUAUAGAUUCCUGCUCAUUUAGGAAGGUGGGAAUUUCCUACAGCUGAAGACGAGUUCCUUUCAUUCUUGUUGGUUUCCACAAAAAGUGGAAAACAAAUUUUUUCUAGCAAAAGGCCAAACUAGCUGUAUAGUUGGAUGCAGGAAAAAAAAAAAAUUACCCUAGCUUCCUUAGCACGUAGGGUUUUUGUAAGGAUUCAUGUUUAGCACAGUACCUGGUGCAUAGUAAACCCUAGUAAAUGUUAAAUAUUGUUAUUAUUAGCAUUUCAUGAAAUUUGAGAAAUAAAGAGCUGACCUCACUCCCUAUCUGUUGAUUCAAAAGUCAUACCUACGUGAAAAUGUGAUUCCAAGUGGAUUAAAUGUUGUAGGACUUACCAGUUUAGAAUGUUCUGUAUCUACCCUGCUGGUUGAAAUUUUUCUGUAUCCCUAAAUUCACUGAGUGAUUUGAAAAUAUGCCAUGAUUCAGCCCCAAAUGAGGCAAAGCUGCAAGGACUUAAAAACUGGAGAUGAAAAGGGUAAAGGCAACCUUUUCCACACACCUGGGCUUCACCAUCCCCAUUCAUGUCUUCUAAACCAUUCAAGCGAUUUUCUUUGAGGAAUGUUUUGAUCCAGAAAUUAAAAUGAGUUGUCUGACAGACUGAAUCCCUUAACCAUAGUCCUCUGAAAGGCAGUAAUGGAGGUUUUCCAUUUGUUACUUAAGGAGGAAUGACCAAUGGAACUUGCUCAUUUCCCAGGAAGACCCUUUGCCCCCUCCUGGCUAGGGUGGCCCCUCCUGUCCACAAAGAUCAAAUUCCCAGGCAGGUUAUCUCUCACGUUUCAGUCAUAUUAAAGGUCAAUUCCAUGGCCCCAGCCACAGAGGAGGGCUCACCUGUGCCCCGGUCCAGCUCAGCCGGCCUGAGGACGCCAAGUCCACACACAGUCAGACCACUCGGCAGUGGUGGGGGCUCAUGACCUCUACAGGACAGUCCCCAAAGAGACUGCCCGUGGUUUAACAGGGUUUUCCCAAAUCACCUGAUGAUCAGUUACUUUUUUGUUUUGUUGGGAGGUCGGCCUCUUAUUUCCUUGGUGCAUUUAAAGUUUUAUCUCCUGCCCUAUCCGUAUGACUCUGGGUAGUGAUUUUCGUUGUAGAAUAUGAAGGAAAUUUCUGGAAUCCAGUAUUGUCUUCAGAUUCCUUUGGGUUCUCUUCUGCUGAAUACACAGAACUUCCCGGGAUGUAGGUUGGAAUUUACCUUGUUGAGACCACCACUUCCUCUAUCCCAGAAUGUGUGGAGUCCUAACAGUAUCUCCCCCUCCCCCCACCCGCACCCCUGUAGCUGGUGAAGCACAGCAAAGGGAAAUAGCAACAGAAGGGGAACCUUGUGCUUCUACAGCAGGCAGUGCCCAUGUCUGAAGGAUGAGGGGCAGGCGUUCAGAGAAUUUGGGGUGCCGGACGGCAAAAGGACAGCAGCCCGGGAACCUUGACACAGUUUGUCAGCUCCUCCAAAGUAGACACAGAGCAAACUUGGGAAGUAUCUGUCUCACUUUCCCACCCAAGUAUUAAUGAGACAGUAGCGCUACAGUCCAUGCCAAAGGAGAUGGUGGCUCCCUUCUGUAGUUGCUGUCACAGCCCUGGUGUCUUUCAGCUAAUGGCAGUUCUCAUCUGUCUUCAAACAGUUGGGUGCAUCCAUGUUCUAGUUCACCUCUGGGGUUAAGUAGUGCAGGAUUCUGCAAAUAAGGUGUCGCUGUCCCAACGUACUGUACUGGCAUAGAGCACUGCUUUGUUUUUCACUGUUGUAGAGAAAAUAGGGAGAACUUUAUUUUUCAAUAAACUUUUCUUGUGUGA